GGAGGAGGAGGAGGGAAAGAGAAGGAAGAAGAAGAAGAAGAAGAAGAAACCACUGCCUUCGCGGGAUCGCUGUCCCCCUAAUCUCAGCGCGCGUGCGUGUGGUGCGGUGCGUGCGCCCCUCGUCCCUGCCAUCCGAACCCGGUCUUGGAUGUUUAAUAAAGAAAUCAAGUGUCUCAACAGUCACCAAAAAAAAAAAAAAAACCAAAAAAAUUCCAAAAAGCAAAAACAAAAAGAGAGAGAGAAAGGAAAAAAAAAAUCCAAAACAAACAAACAAACAAACCAGGCAGAACCAACCUCUCCUUCCAACCAGCCGGCACAAGCCACCCGUGUCUGCCACCCAGAGAGGGGGGUCUCUGGCCCGUGGUGGAGGAGUUGCAGGGGGGAUCGGCAGGGGGGCAGAGGCCGAGUGACGCCCUAGGAGCCACCGAGCAGGAGGCGGAGGAGACCCAGAGAGGCGAGAGAGACAGCGGGCCCCCCGCGCGCGGCUCGGGGCUGGGGCGCCAGAAGUGGGACUCGAGCGAAGUCAAGCGAUGCCAAGGAGGAAACAGCAGGCACCCAAGCGGGCGGCAGGUUAUGCCCAGGAGGAACCACUGAAGGAAGAGGAGGACAUCAAGGAGGAGGAGGAGGAGGAGGAAGAGAGCGGCUCCGUAGCUCACCUUCAGGGGGGCAAUGACCCGGGCACCGACGAGGAGCUCGACACCGGCCCGGAGCAGAAAGGCUGCUUCAGCUACCAGAACUCUCCGGGAAGCCACCUGUCCACCCAGGACGCGGAGAACGAGUCCCUGCUGAGCGAUGCCAGCGACCAGGUGUCCGAGGUCAAGAGCGUGGGCGGCAGGGAGGCCGCAGCGGACAAGAAAGCAGCCGCGCCCCCCAAACUGCCCCACGAGGCGCACAGCUGCAUGGAUAAGAUGACGGCCGUGUACGCCAACAUCCUGUCCGACUCCUACUGGUCGGGCCUGGGUCUGGGCUUCAAGCUGACCAGCAGCGAGCGGCGCAACGGCGACCCCCGCCACGGCGGCGGCAAGACUGACUUCGACUGGCACCAAGACGCGCUGUCCAAGAGCCUGCAGCAGCACCUGCCCUCACGCUCCGUGGCCAAGCCCAGCCUCUUCAGCUCGGUGCAGCUGUACCGGCAGAGCAGCAAGGGGUGCGGGACCGUGUUCACCGGGGCCAGCCGGUUCCGGUGUCGCCAGUGCAGCGCGGCCUACGACACCCUGGUGGAGCUGACCGUGCACAUGAACGAGACCGGACACUACCAAGACGACAACCGCAAGAGGGACAAGCUGAGGCCCACGAGCCACUCCAAGCCCCGGAAGCGGGCUUUCCAGGACAUGGACAAGGAGGACGCGCAGAAGGUCCUCAAGUGCAUGUUCUGUGGCGACUCCUUCGACUCCCUCCAAGACCUGAGCGUCCACAUGAUCAAAACAAAGCAUUACCAAAAAGUGCCUUUGAAGGAGCCGGUCCCAACCAUUGCCUCGAAAAUGGUCACUCCCGCCAAGAAGCGGGUGCUGGACGUCCACCGGCCCUGCUCCCCCGACUCCACCACGGGCUCCUUUGCCGAUUCCUUCUCUUCUCAGAAGACCGCCAGCCUGCAGCUGGCCAACAGCAACCGCUACGGCUACCAGAACGGGGCCAGCUACACCUGGCAGUUCGAGGCCUGCAAAUCCCAGAUCCUCAAGUGCAUGGAGUGCGGCAGCUCCCACGACACGCUGCAGCAGCUCACCGCCCACAUGAUGGUCACCGGCCACUUCCUCAAGGUCACCAGCUCGGCCUCCAAGAAAGGGAAGCAGCUGGUGCUCGACCCGCUGGCGGUGGAGAAGAUGCAGUCGCUGUCGGAAGCCCCGAGCAGCGACCCUCUGGCCCCCAAGCCCGCCAGUAACUCGGCCCCCGACUGUGCAGCCUCCACCACCGAGUUAAAGAAAGAGGGGAAGAGAGAGCGAGCGGAGGAGGCCGGCAGCAGGGACGAGAAAGGCGUGAAAAGCGAGGAAUACGGAGACCCCCUCCAGAAGCCUUUAGACCCGACGAUAAAAUACCAGUAUCUCCGGGAGGAGGACUUGGAAGAUGGCUCCAAGGGUGGCGGGGACAUCUUGAAGUCUCUGGAAAACACGGUCACCACCGCCAUCAACAAGGCCCAGAACGGGGCCCCCAGCUGGAGCGCCUACCCCAGCAUCCACGCGGCCUACCAGCUGUCCGAGGGCCCCAAACCUUCCCUGCCGAUGGGGUCCCAGGUCCUGCAGAUCCGCCCUAAUCUCCCCAGCAAGCUAAGGCCCAUUGCACCAAAGUGGAAAGUCCUGCCAGUGGUGCCCAUGGCCACCAGCCUGGCCCCCUACACCCAAGUCAAGAAGGAGCCAGAGGACAAAGAUGACGCCGGGAAGGAACGCGGGCAAGAAAGUCCCCGUGAAGAGGCAUCAUCGUUCAGCCACGGGGAGGGAGAGUCUUUCUCCCAAAGUGAAACACCCUCAGAAUCCAAGAAGGCUGAGCCUUGUCCCCCGCAGGAGGAGGACAAGCUGAUGAAGGAGGGCGGCGAGGAAGAGAAGUCCCAGACCUUGCAGCCAGCGUCUGCGCUGAGCAACGGGUGUGCCCUGGCCCACCACGCCUCCGCCCUGCCCUGCAUCAGCCCGCUCAGCGCCCUGCAGUCCGUCCUCAACAACCACCUGGGCAAAGCCACGGAACCCUUGCGCUCGCCUUCCUGCUCCAGCCCAAGCUCAAGCACAAUCUCGAUGUUUCACAAGUCCAGUCUCGGCGUCUUGGACAAGCCGGUCCUGAGUCCCGCCUCUGCGAGGCCAGCCAGUGUGUCCAGGCGCUACCUGUUCGAAAACAACGAUCAGCCCAUCGACCUGACCAAGUCCAAGAGCAAGAAGGCGGAGUCCUCGCAAGCACAAUCCUGCACGUCCCCGCCGCUGAAGCACGCGCUCUCGGACAUCGCGGACAUGGUCAAAGUCCUCCCGAAGGCCACCACCCCGAAGCCCGCCGCGUCCUCCAGGGUCCCGCCCAUGAAGCUGGAAAUGGACGUCAGGCGCUUUGAGGACGUCUCCAGCGAAGUCUCGACUUUGCAUAAAAGAAAAGGCCGGCAGUCUAACUGGAACCCUCAGCAUCUUCUGAUCUUGCAAGCUCAGUUUGCCUCCAGCCUCUUUCAGACGUCGGAGGGCAAAUACCUGCUGUCUGAUCUGGGCCCCCAAGAGCGAAUGCAGAUCUCAAAGUUUACGGGACUCUCCAUGACCACGAUCAGCCACUGGCUGGCAAACGUCAAAUACCAACUGAGGAAAACGGGCGGGACCAAAUUUCUGAAAAACAUGGACAAAGGACACCCCAUCUUCUAUUGCAGUGACUGUGCCUCCCAGUUUAGAACCCCUUCUACCUACAUCAGUCACUUAGAGUCUCACCUAGGUUUCCAAAUGAAGGACAUGACCCGCAUGGCCGUGGAACAGCAAAGCAAGGUGGAGCAAGAGAUUUCCCGGGUACCGUCGGCUCAGAGGUCUCCGGAAACAAUAGCAGGCGAAGAGGACACAGACUCUAAAUUCAAGUGUAAGUUGUGCUGUCGGACAUUUGUGAGCAAACAUGCAGUAAAACUCCACCUAAGCAAAACGCACAGCAAGUCACCCGAACACCAUUCACAGUUUGUAACAGACGUGGAUGAAGAAUAGCUCUGCAGGUAUGGGUUUGCUCCCAGGGGAUGUGCGAGGACUUCCAUGAGGGAGAUGGGGCUGUUUAGAGGCAGCCGACGUCUCCCGACACCAAGCAGAGUAGCCUGCUGGGAGAGUAGUUGCUUUUCUGGAAGACUAGCGUGUGAUCCGUAAGGCCCACCUGGCCUCUCAGUUUCCCCCACGUAGUGUUGGAGAAUAGACUAAACUGGGUGUAGAGAGACGGGGUUCGCAGGUUACUGCUGCUUCAUGCGUGAUUCCCCUUAGUUACCCAACUUGCAAGGUCCAGCCAAGGCUACACCUCGUUUUAAUGGUCAAGUCCUGUCUUCUCUCACUGUCCCAUGCCACCCCCAUUCUCUAGCAAGGCUGAUGACGCCUAAAGUGACGAAAAGGCGAGAGAGACAGAAUAAGAUUGUAGUUACGGGGGUGGGGGGUGGGGGGUGAGAGGGGCAGACACCCACAGAGAUUUCUUAAUCCGCUCAUGAAUAGCUUCAAGCGGUCUUCGCUAUCAUCACUGUAAUCAGUGCUUUCGCGGCUCCCCUUGCUUAUUCCCUCCAUUAGGGCUCUGUGAAAGAGCGUCGGCCCAGUAGUUGGAUGGUAGAAAAAUAUUCUCUGCAGAAUAUGGAGAUGAGAAGAGAGGAAACUUAUUUCUUCUUUCUUAUUUCAUCUGUGGGUUUUCCUUAGGCUAGACAAUUCUGUCACCUUUAACACAGACUGGCGCAGUGCAUGCCCGAAAGACUUGACCUUCCAUAAAGAAACAGAGGGCUCUCGGCACACCCGUUGCCAAUGCACUUGGGGUCCACGACUUCCAGAUCACUUGACAACUUCCAGAUCAUUUGCAUCACGUAGCUGUCACGGAAGUUCUGUGCCAUGUACAGUCACUGUGUCACCUCCAGCAGAGAGAAUGCAGACCAAGGUCAAAUACCUUGACACAUCAAGGCCGUUUCAGACACGGAACAUAAGUAAGGCCGGAUCCUAACCAGUUCCUUUCAUCUCCCCUUGUCUCCUCUCCAGCAUGCUCCACCCCAUCCCCCACCCCCACCCCCACACACAUUAGGAACCCUCACACAUAUGCAAGCUGCCCUCGCCUCAGAACACACUCCAGGGCAUUCCACUUGUCUUCAACCUCCAGCACUUGCCUCUACUUCACAUCAAGCCAGGUUAUCGGGAAGUUCUUUGGAUUCCUUCGCAAUAAGACAGGAAUGGCUAAUAAUAGCUUCCCAUGUCAACCCUCGCCAUUGUCACUAAACAAGCAAAGGCAGUUUCAAUAGCUAUCUGUUUUAAAUGGGACACUUUCAGACCAAGCCACCAAGGAUGAGCACUGGCAGACUUGGGUGUCGCAAGGGUAUGGAUAGGGCGUGGUGAGGGGAGCCAGGGAGCGGGAGAGGGUGAAGAGAGAGAAAGGGCUCAAAAAUGUGAUCUGGGACUGCUGUUGCCUAAGUGAGAAGCUCUGAGAGCCUCUGAUGGAGGGGGAGACACCCUCUAUCUCAGCCGGUUACCUGGGUUCAAGUGAAGACCAUUGUUUUGUUUGCAUGUUUUUAUCAUGAUAAUUAAAAUGUGUUACUGGCAGAUUUGUCCCUUGCUUUCCAAGCAUGAUUUGUUCAGCUCUCGCUGUUGAAAGGAUGAAGCCAAAGUGCAUCUGUUGCAUCUCUACAUGAGCCUGGGCUCCAGGGUGUCCUAUUUCUUUGCUAGAGAACAUUUAAAUUUUAUGUAACUUGCUAUUAUGCUUUUCUGCUACUUCCAAAAAAAAAAAGGUGGAUACAGAAUUCUGAGAGAAGAGAUGCUGUUUCAGAUCCCAUAAUGGUAGGUCCAAACCUUGGUGAAGAGGACAAGUAGGAAUGUUUAUUCGUGCUACAAUAAAGAGCAAUUUUCCACCUGUUAGGUUUGUAAUCUUUUUUUUUUUUUUUAUUAAGAUCACUGCCCAAACACUGGAAGGUAUAAAUAGAGGGGAGAAAAGUAGUUUCAGUCAAAACUUGAAACUUACAAGCCUAUUCUAGGAAGCCAAAACUAAGCCAGGAAUUUGGCGAGACCUACACAAAAAGACUUUGACACAUCCGCUGAAGACAGAGCUAGAUGUGGCAUGGCAGCUUUUUCAUCUCUCUGCAUUUAUAUAAAUCAGUAUGUCUGAUUCGGACCUUUGAACCACCCUUAGAAUCACUAGAAUGGUCACUAUAUGAACCCAAAACACCCUUCUGUAAACACCGUGUUUCUGUGGUUCUCAGAGAAGCUGGCAGAAAAAAAAAAAAACCGGUCGGACGAUUGGGGACUCAUUCCAAGCAAUGGGCAUGUGCGUCCGCGCGUCUGUGCGUCCGCGCGUCUGUGCGUCCGCGCGUCUGUGCGUCCACGCGUCUGCGCGUCUGUGCGUCCGCUUAACUCGGUCGGGUGCUGGGAGUCUCUUGUGUUAAUGCCAAAGCCCUUACUGUUGGCCUGAGUGGGUCUUACAGCCACAUGCAGUAGCUUUCUGAUGCUCUGGUCACCUGGGAAAGGAGUCCCCCACUCUAGGGGCCUCUGGAACACCGUUUAUGAGCUACCUCCCCCCUGCUUCAGACGGUACCAGUGUGUUUUAAAUGACCACAGACUGAGAUCGCUGUUGCCCUGCUCUCGGACUCAUUGCUAGUUGCAUGCACUCUAGCACAGGUUGUGCCAGGAGGCUUUAGAAAGCAUGGUCAAGAUUCUGUGGAAAAUUUGAAAGCUUUGUCCGAUCUCUAUUCUCUGUAACUCAAAUUUGCACCUGGUUUUUCUUGCCUUGCUUGGCUCUUAAAUCCUACACAAUGCUAUGCUAUAUUACAUGCAGCUUUUCAUUAAAAAAUAAUUAGACGUUGUUCAAUGUGUAUCCCUAUGUUUGGACAAAUAAUCUAAGGCAAUUUCAG